CAAAGGGUAUGGAAACGCCACGCGCAUGCGUGGGGGGUGCCCGAGGCCCGGAACAGCGCCAGGUGGCUUCGAGAGCUGGGGUCACGGCAGAAAAGAAGCCAUUGCGCCCCACGGCUACGUGGAGUGGGAAGUGCCGAGGUUACCAUGGAUACUCGGGGACCAGUCUUCCAGCCUUUCCAGCGGACUGAGAAACCUGGUCGUGUGCACCGUCGGAAGACUAGGCGGGAACGUAACAAGGCCCUGCUGGGCAGCCGCCGGCCAUUAGCCCAUCAUGAUCCUCCUGUGGCCAUUCAGGACCCACCUGUGGACCCUACUGCCUCCAAGCUGGUGGUCAUAACCCAGGGCCGGCUAAGCCGGGAGCACCGGGGUCUCUUCAACCACGAGGUGAAAUCCCUAGAUGUUGGAAGGCUGCUUAGCAGUGGAACCCUGGCACCAGGCAGCCCCACACUCUCUGCCAAGCCCUCCCCAAGCCCAGGGAGGGCCCAGCAGCCAACCUCACAGUCCAGGGACAAAGAGAACCAGGCUCCUGGAGGUUCAGGCCCAGGCCCACCCAGUUCUCCAGAGUUGCCUGGCAUGGGGCAACUGCUGGCAGAGCUGCAGUGCCAGCUGAGUUUGCCACAGGCCUUCCCCCGGAGGAACCUGGUUCAGGAUGCCAGGGAUGCCAUCGUGCACACCUUGCAGGCCUGCCAUGGUUGUGUGCCUGACCUUGCCCUGGUGCUCCGGGGCUGCCAGCCACCCUUGCAAGGGGCCAAGCCUGGGGGCUCUGAGAGAAGGAUGACACCCUUCUGGAUCAAUAGCCCUGAUCAAGUCCCAGAGGAGGAGAGGCAAAGGAAGCAACAAGGGACAAAAGAGUUUACCUUCCCUAUGCCCCACACCUCCAGCAUGCCCACUGUGCAUAGGGGGAGCCUGGCACCAUCAAGGGGUCCCUGGCCACCCCCCUUGCCCUCACUGUCUUCACCAUCUGGGGCAGCCUGGGGUCCCCCAACAGCAUUUGACUUGCUAAAAAGCAUCUGGCUGGUAGCCACGCCACCCCCUCCUCGGUCCUGGGGGAUUGGAACCCCUCAGCCCGUGCCUCAGCCUUCAUCACCCCUGUUGCCCCGGACCUCUGUCCUGGACUGGAGCCCCAGCUCCCCUGCCCCGCUGCCCAGCCUCUCCUGGGUAGUGGCCCGGAGCAGUCCGGAAGCCUGGUCUUUUCCACCCAUGAGACUGUAUUGAGGAGGGGUUGAGGCUAGGUCUAGGGACAGAUAUCUUGUACUCCCAGUGACCUCAAUAAAGUACUUCAGUGGUCCUCUUGA